CCACCGCAUCGUGUGCAGGCUGUAGGCGUCCACAGCCUUGCUCCGCCCCCAAGUCCUCCAGCGCCCCCUAACUCUCCGUCUCUGAGAACUGGAAGCCCGUCUCAGUAUCAUGACAUUUGCGCUUCCUUUUACAAAAACUUGAUACUUCAGCUCCAAGCUAUCCUAGUGACACCUUUGGAUUAAGUGUUUGCGUAAAUUCACGCAAGGCUGGCCGAUAAUGAGAACCUCACCAUCCCUGCAUCAAAGCAGUCGCUCGUCGACUGGCGCUCUUUCGCAACAAGCCACCCUGUUGGCGACUGCUGCAUCCACACAAUGCUCAUCUCCAAAUAACUCCUCGAGCCUUUCUUCUUCAACGCCUAACUCUACCUCCACUCCCACGGCCGCCAAUGCAGGCGCUUUUGAAAACGCAAUUUCGAAACGCCAACUUGCACAAGCCAAUAGUGUCUUUCCCGCUUCAAUUCCCUCGCUCUCAUCAGUUCCUCAAAAGUGUCCGAGCAGUAAGGUCGCGAGAGCUAUCCGAGAAUUCAAGAAUCGUUUACUCGGUAACGAAGUUCUGGAUUUCAAGAAUACAACGGUCGAGGACUUACGCCGAGAGAUGCGACGGAUUCAAUUGGAGCAAGAAGGUCGUAGAGACUUAGUGAAUAUGCGUCGCAUACAGGGAUGCAUUGAAGCUAUGGAUAGUUUCGGCAAAGUCAUUGAGGUCUUCCUGAACGUCUCCGAGGCCGUUGCGUUCAUCUGGGGACCGAUGAAAUUCUUACUCAUAACUGCCAGCACAGUUCUCGAGUCCUUCGAAACGCUCUUAGAUGCCUACGAGCAAAUUGGCGAUCAAAUGCCGUUGCUGAAGAGUUAUGAGAGCCUCUUCAGCGAUGACGAUUUGUUGAAAGGGGCACUCGAGCUCAUGUAUGUCGACAUACUGAACUUCCACGAGAAGGCAGUUCCAUUCUUCCGUGGUAGAGUCUGGAAACACUUCUUCCGAUCAAUGUGGAACGACUUCAGCACGAAGUUCGGUGGCAUCCUCAAAAGUCUUGGUCGCCACAAGAACUUCGUCGAUAAUUGCGCUCAGCGCGCACAGUACCAACUGUACCAGCACGAUAUCGCCGAUAUGAAGGCAACCAGUUUGGUUCGUUAUCAGCAAUACGAGCAAGAUGCACAAGGCAUGAACGCAAGGCUCGACGAACUGGUGGCUGAAGAGCGAGUGAAGAGGACCAAAGCUGUAAUCCAAUGGCUAGCUGCUAGUCAACAGCCAAUACAAGAUCACGAAAUUUAUUGUCAGAUCCGGGCCGAGUUCCCAAGGACUGCUCACUGGAUAUUGAAACGAGCAUACAUCAACGACUGGAUAGAACGCACUGUCCCAAGCACGCCAUUGCUGUGGCUGCAUGGUAUUCCCGGUGCAGGAAAAACAAUACUUGCCUCUGCCAUCAUUGACAAAUGCAAAGCACAACCCGAUUUCGCCACUGCCUUCUACUACUGUCAUAGCGACGACCAAACGAACAGCUCGGCGGUAGGAAUACUUAAGGGAAUCACACAGCAGCUUCUGGACCACGAUGCUGGUCUCUUACCUCCGUGCUAUAGGCGUUACAAAUCGAGUGGAGAGCCCGUCCUGCGAUCACUCAGCCAAGCUAUUAGUUUGCUCAAAGAUCUGUGCACCAUCCUUCCAAAGGUGUACAUCGUCCUUGACGGUCUUGACGAAUGUGAACAGGUGGAGAGAAAGCAAGCGAUGGAUGCUCUCAUGCAUAUUUUAGAUGAGUGCGAAAAGAGCGAUCCCGGUAAAUUUCGUGUUCUUUUUAUCAGUCAGAAUUUUGCAGACAUCAAACGAGUGCUGUAUUGCUCUUCACAGUCCAGGCCAGCACCGCAAACGAUCCAACUUUCGCAUACAGACAAUGAGGAUGACAUCAAUGCCUACGUAGGGACCUGGGUCAGUCAGAUUGCUGCGAAGUAUGAACCCUUUAACGAUGACAUGGUGGAAUACCUUAGAAAUUUGACUGUGCGUAACGCAAAAGGGAUGUUCCUGUACGCAAGACUCGUCAUGGAAAAUCUUUAUGCACAGCCCACACGUGAGGAUUUAAUGGAAGGCAUCCGACAAGACAACUUCCCGCAAGGGCUCAAGGGAGCAUACGAACGAAUUCUCCGACACAUGAAGCACAUCUCCUCGGACGGAGAAUGGGACAAAGCCAAAAAGCUACUUGGCUGGAUGAUCUGCGCAAAACGCCGAUUGACAUGGAAAGAGAUACAAGUCGCACUAUCUAUUGAUUUGGACGCGGAAACGAUCGAGUAUGAUGGUCGGCAUCUUCGGACACAUAUUCAUGACAUUUGUGGAUCACUUGUUCUGUUGAACGGUGAUCGUGUGUCUCUGGUACACAGCACCGCAAGAACGUACAUUACAACAGUUCAUGCCGACAUUCAUGAACCGUCAAUCGAAUGCGAGCUGGCCACGCUCUGCCUGCGUUAUCUGACCUUUCCCUGUUUCGAUAUUGAGGCAGUGGACGACCAACAAGAGCUCAAGCAACUAGCCUUAGACGGCCACUUUGCUUUCCAGGACUAUGCCAUCGCGAAAUGGUAUUACCACGUCAAUGCGUUCGUGAAUAGUGGAGCUCGGUUUAUGUCCGAGGCGGUUGACCCUGACUCCCAUCUCGAAGGAAUGAUGGAAGCCUUGGAGGAUUUUACGGAGCGGUUUAGCGAUGCCAAUUGGGGCCAGAACAUUGUGCAAGACUGUCGAGCAAACUGCACUGCGUUUGCAAAUCUCCCGGUGCACGACAAACUAGUUGAGCUGACGAGUCAUAUUUACACCGUUCAGAAGAAAGGCUUCGAUGCAAGGCACGAAGUCAGCAUCAAGAGUUUGGCUGAAGCGUUGGAAAGAAAUCGCAAGAUACUUGAAGAACUGCCCUCAUCACCACGAUUCAGUCAAAACGACCUCGACAAGUACUCCAGGUUUUAUGACCACGAACGGCGUUUCAAGUGCAGUAAGAUCACUUGCCGCUACUUCUCAGAAGGCUUCAGGGAUCUUGGGGCCAGGAACAAACAUCUGCAUUUCCACACACGCCCUUUCCAUUGCGACGUACCGGACUGCUUGGGAAGCGAAGGGUUUGUCAAUCACGGUGACCUUCAAAGACACAUGCGAGCUUUUCAUCCCGAGAUGAGUGAUCUUGCAGAGACUUUCAACUCCAUUUCCAAACCGCCUGCGAAAAGCGACCAUGCUUGUGCAAUCUGCGGAAAGACCUUCACUCGUAGUUUCGCCCGUCGAAAUCAUGAGAAUAGUCAUCGCGGCGUGAGGCCGUUUCCAUGCCCAGAAUGCGGAAAGGCUUUCACACGACGUAACGACUUGGUCAGGCAUCAGAAACUCCACGAGCGUACAUAGCCACCCUGGCCCCCACACGGGUCAGCCACCACAUUCGGUUAGCGCGGGCUGUGUCUGCAUCAGCUAGGCAGAACACCGCGGAUGAGCCCCGCUUUCAGUUCAAGAGCUUAAGUGUAGACCAUCGUUCCCUCAGGUGAAAAGUUGCGUCUUCAUUUCUCUACGACAAUGCCCGGCUCGAGCGUCAGUCCAAACCCGGCCACCGGAAAGCGUGCACCCAAUUUGUGGAAACAGGCGUAUCAGGCUCUUAACGAUGAAGACAAAGGCCGAGAAAGGCUACACAAGCUUAACGU